AUGUUGUUGCCGCUGAUCAUAGUAGUGGCUUUGGUUAAUAUCAUCGCGAAAACUAAUAAUUAUAAUAUAAAAACAUCGAAAAACAGAAACUUUGAUCUUAGAGUGAGGAGAUACGCCGAUAUUGAUAGUGUUCUGUUACGAAGAAUAGUCGACAGUUAUGGAGAAGAAGAUUAUAAGGAUUUGGAGCCAAUUCAAGCUAUAAAAGAACAUGAAAUUUUUGAUAUAAGAAAUUUUCUUAAGAAAACAAAUCUGGAGCACAGUUUGAAAGAACUUCCGAAAGAUAGAAAGUCUACAUCUGAGAAGAAUUCAUAUGAAAUUGAAAAAGAUUUUAUAAAGAAUGCAGAGGAAUAUAAAUUUCAUCCAAAUAAUGUCAUUGACCCGAAGACUAAGAGAAUAAAACGACAUGCAUCACUAGGAAGUGGUAUCAGUAACUUCUUUAGCAACAUCUACAACAAAAUUUUGAAUAAUGAAAAUGAAGAUAUUUCAAGUACUACUGAGAUUAUAAUCAAUCAAGGCAUGAUACUCGGCGGAAUAGGAUGCCCCAAGAACCAUAAGAGAGUGGCGUUUGUAUGUGUUCCCAUACAUGGGUAA